AUGGCCAACCAAAUCAAGUCUCCGGUAGUGGAUGCAACGGGCAAGACACGCCUACGUGAGUCUCUUGAGAAAGCGAAGAGAGGUGAGGGUCCAAGCGUAGGACAGUGGCUCGAGUUCCCUGGAUAUUCUCUCGCAAGAACCGUCGCGCCCCUUGGAGAAGACUGGAUUCUCAUCGAUACUGAACAUGGAAACAUCGAUGACCGCGAUAUGUAUCUACAAGUUGGGGCUAUCUCAUCGUCAGGAGUUUCCCCGAUUGUCAGAAUACCUGCAUCAGAACACUGGAUGAUGAAGCGGGCCCUGGAUUGCGGAGCUCAUGCCGUGAUGGUCCCAAUGUGUGAGACAAAGGAACAAGCUGAAGCGAUUGUAAGAGCGUGCAAGUACCGCUCAAAGCGAUGGCCGCAGGGUCUCCGGGGAGCAGGCGCGAUGUAUGCUCAUGCAGCGUUCAACCAGACUGGCCGUGAGUACCUGCUCGGCGCCAAUGACAACGUCAUGGUCUGCGUCCAAAUUGAAAGCCUCAAGGCCAUUGAGAACGUGGAGGAGAUUGCCGCGGUCGAUGGUGUUGACAUGCUCUUCAUUGGCCCCAACGAUCUCGCCUCGUCGAUGGGCUACAUUGCCUUUGACCAUGCCUCGAUCCCUGAAGUACAAGAGGCCAUUUCCCGCGUUUUGAAGGCUGGUCUUGAUGCUGGCAAAUAUGUCGGGCAUUUCGCGCUCAGUGCCGACGUUGCUGCGGCAAAAUACAAGCAAGGCUUUCACUUCGUCAACUGCGGUGCCGACAUUGUGGCAGUUGCGGCGUGGAUGUCUGGGGAGAUGGGGAAGCUGAAGAGUCUUGUUGCUGCGGACAAUAAGUCAAAGGAAACUCCGGAGAAAGUCAACGGACAGCUAUCAGAGAUGGAGACGCCACCGACAGAAAACGGUGUUGGAUACAAUUAA